AGCGCGCCACUGAGGCAACAUGGCCACGUGCUGGAGUGUUUACAUAUUUCGUAACAUUAUAUUAAAAAACAUAAGUGAAUAAUUAGAAAAACCCAAUACGGAAGACGACCGCGGUAACUUGUAGUAAUUAUCGGUACUCUACUCUGACGUAGUGACGUAAAUACGUGCGAUGUUGACGUGGCAUUAAACAAGUUUCCAGUCUAAUGUAAUCCAGUGUAGACAGUAGAGUAUAGAAUGUAUGUAUUGAGUGUUUGUAUUUACACUCGUGAAUGUUAAUUAAUUAAUCAGUUGAAAAAUAAAUUAGUCAGUAGUCAGUGGUUAAAAAAAAAAUGACCUCGUGUCCAGCUCCGUCGUCUUCCGUGUCAACAGUCAGGCCUAGAUGCAGUUGUCAAAGUCGCAACAAUAUUGACGACUGUUUCUCGACAGUACCAGGUGGUGUUGGUGCUACUGGAUGUGUCAUUAAAAAUUAUCAACCUCAUGGAAACCUUGCUCGCAUUUUAUGGGAAAAACAAAAAGCCGAUGAGCGACUGCGCGCAUAUGACAAAACAAGGUGGUACAGAGUUGACAAAUCAAAAAUACGAGAAGAUAUUCUGAAACUGUGGAUACCAUUAGGAAUUGGAGAACGUAAAGAUGAACCAGAUAAAAGCGCUCAAGAUUUUUUGGCACGAUCUGCUGAUAAAUCGGACUCGCUUUUCCUACAAGUUUGGCACUCAUUAGCAACAUCUGCCUUGUCUUGGUUCAUAUCUAGGACUUCAAUAAAUGGAUUAUUGGGGCGCGGUUCAAUGCAUGUGUUUUCAACUGAACAGUUUCUGCAACUGAUGGACACAAGUGACUUCAAAGGACCUUGGGACAGCGUAGUUGAUCUUGGCGCUGGAGACGGCGCUACUACUGCCCACAUUGCGCAUCUAUUUAAAAAAGUUUACGCGACUGACGUAUCUGCACCAAUGAGAUGGGCCCUAGCUAAACGCAAAUUCACAGUGCUGGAUGUCAGCGACUGGGACAAGACCGGGCCAUUCAACGUAAUCCUCUGCCUAAACCUACUGGACCGUUGCGACAGGCCUAACACUCUAUUGAGACAAUUAAGAGCUACACUAGCGCCAGGUGGACGCCUCGUGGUGGCGCUAGUUCUGCCUUUCAGCCCGUACGUCGAAACUGGGGAACGCGGGGACCACAAGCCUAUGGAAUAUUUGCCUAUAAAAGGAUUCGGUCUAGAAGGCCAAGUCGCUGGUCUUAUUGACCGCGUUUUUGAGCCCGCUGGCCUAAAAUGUUUAGCUUGGAGCAAACUUCCUUACCUUUGCGAAGGAGACCUAAGACAGGCAUUUUGUUUUUUGGAAGACGUUAUUUUUAUACUUGAAGCCGAGGAAGAAAAUAAACAACGAGUACAAGAGUCAAUAAAUGAAGAAAAACAAUAAACGAUAUCAAUAAUCAGGAUUGAUAAUAAUUAAAAAUAAAACCAGCUGGAGACCGGAAAAUGAGGCGGUGGAAGAAAACUCCUUAGCGACUGCACCAGCUGAAUUGUGUCGACAAGCGCUGAUGAAGAAAAAUCAUAAUUAAUUACAAUCAUUUUACCACCCUGGUGAAAAUUUUUCGUA